AUGCGGGCUGCCUUCCAAGUGCUUCGCUCUGCACGUCGCCCGUGCCUGCGCAAGCUUGCCCGCAGCCGUGUCGGCGUCUUUGCGCCGAGCAAUGGCCUAGGCUUCCGGGCUCAUCACCACUACCGCCAGCGCACCUCGCCCAUCGUCCUCGCGUCGUCGAUGCAGUUCCGCGCCCUCACAGGUGCGCUAGUGGCUGCCGCCGUCGCCUCGGGUGCCUUCUACGCUUACAACGACAAAUCCUCAACAGGACACGCGCAGUCCCCCGCCGACCAAGCCAGGAACCUGACCAGCGCCCGAAGCAGCGAGCCCGCGCGCAAGGCACUGGUCGUUGGUCCCGGCGAACUCUACACAGGAACCAUCACUGGGCCCAUCUCGAAAGAGACGGAUGACUACGGCAGGAAGGUGCUGGAGAUGCUGGACCCCGACCAAGCCACAGCCAAGCUGAGGAAGAAUGAGGAGUCGUGGCUCGUGGGCAGAGGGCAGGGCGUUGUGCGGUACGACGUGGUGCAGAUUCCCAGCAACUCCCCCAUCGAAGACGACCAUGCCGAAAAGAUCAUCGAGGUACCAUCGAACCUGGCAGCCACGGACAAUGGCGCCUCGGCCAGCGACUGGAUGUUCUGGGGCGUUUUCGACGGACACAGUGGCUGGGUUACCUCAGCCAAGCUUCGUCAGACCCUCAUCUCCUACGUCGCACGCGAGCUCAACACGACCUACAAGUCGGCCGUCGAGGACCCUGCGCUCCACUUCCCGAGCCCCGAUGCUAUCGACCGCGCCAUCAAGACCGGCUUCACCAAACUAGACAACGAGAUCGUACACGAAUCCGUCAAGAAAGUCCGCAAGGCUCAAUCCAAGAUCGCUGCUGCUGAGUUGCUGGCCCCCGCCCUUUCCGGUUCCUGCGCACUCCUCUCCUUUUACGACAGCCGAUCCAAGCUCCUGCGAGUCGCCUGCACGGGUGAUUCUCGCGCGAUUCUGGGUCGACGAGGGCCCAAUGGCAAGUGGACCGUGACUCCCCUGUCUGAAGACCAAACCGGUGGAACUACAAGUGAGGCUGAGCGGUUGCGUCGAGAGCAUCCGGGUGAGCCCAACGUGGUCCGGAACGGUCGCAUUCUAGGUGGACUGGAGCCAUCCCGGGCGUUUGGCGAUGCAUCCUACAAGUGGUCCGCCGAGACCAACGCCGAGCUCAAGAAGUCCUACUUUUCGCGAUCGCCUUCAACACUACUCAAGACUCCUCCGUACGUCACUGCCGAGCCGGUCAUCACAACUACCAAGGUAGAGCCAGAAAAGGGUGAUUUCGUCGUCAUGGCUACUGAUGGUUUAUGGGAGAUGCUUACCAACGAGGAGGUCGUAGGCUUAGUUGGUCAGUGGCUCGACGCUCAGGGCAACCCGGCCAGUCAAGGUUCACAGACUCAGUCCUGGCUCAAGAGCUGGUGGUCCACACAAAAGCAAUUGCCUGUCGAGCAGAAGGCAGCGGAGAAGGGAGAGGGUCAACGUGCACCAAUCCGUCAGCAACAGUGGGGUACCAAGACUAGCCUGAACGAGCGCUUCGUGGUUGAAGACAAGAACGCAGCUACGCAUCUUGUUCGGAAUGCACUUGGCGGAAAGGAUCAGGAUCAAUUAAGUGCUCUCCUCACCCUCCCAAGCCCCUUUUCGCGACGAUACAGGGACGACUUGACCGUCGAGGUCAUCUUCUUCGGAGAAGGCGCAGGCACCGGUAACGUCACUCGGAACCAGGAAGCUAGUGCUGCAGAACCAGAAGUCAAGCCCAAACUAUAG